CCGCGGGGAGCCCAGUGCGCCGCGCGCGUCGGAGGAGUUGGGAGCCGGCGCAAAAGUUUCCUCCCAACUCCGGCCCCGCGCGCCGCCGCCGCCGCCCACUCCAGCCCGGGGCCUGGGGCCGGCCCUGCCACGGUCGCCAGGGCCACCGCCAGAGGCAGGGCCGGGCCGGGCCGGGCGGAGCCCGCAGUUUCACUUUGGCGCGUGGAGCCUCCGCCGCCGGCGCCUGGCCGACCCGCCGCGUCCCCGCGUCCGCUUCCCGCCCUCGGCCUCCCGUGGGGACGGCUGUCCCCCCGCACCCCAUCCCGGGGGUGCAGCCGCGCGGGACCCGACCCCGGAGGCACGCGCGGGACAGCGGCGUGUCCGCCCCACCGUCCCCGGACGGAGGGGCUUGCGCCCGGGUUAAGGGGGUCAGACACCUGUUCGGCCCGGCCGGGCGCGGGAGCCCAGGGGCAGGAUGAAAGUGACAGUGUGCUUCGGCAAGACUGGCAUCGUGGUGCCCUGCAAGGACGGCCAGCUGCGCGUCCGCGAGCUCACCCAGCAGGCGCUGCAGCGCUACCUGAAGACCCGGGACCAGGAUCCUGGAUACUGGGUGAAGAUUCAUCACUUAGAAUACACAGAUGGAGGAAUCCUGGAUCCAGAUGAUGUCUUAGCAGAUGUUGUUGAAGACAAAGAUAAGCUCAUUGCUGUGUUUGAUGAACAAGAGCCACUCCAGAAGAUUGAGAGCCCCAGUGGAAACUCCGUGGAUCGACAGAGCCCAGAUGCUUUCGAGACAGAAGUGGCUGCUCAGCUGGCUGCCUUUAAACCAAUCAGUGGGGGGAUCGUAGUGACCCCAUCCGCUCUAAAGUUAGGCACUCCACUGCUGGUGAGGAGAAGCAGUGAACCAGCACCAGGGCCACAUGCUGAUGCCCAGGCCAGCGCUGCAAGCCCGAGUGGCCAGAGUUUGAAACCUGUUGUUCCGAAUUCCACCCAGAACUGGGAAAACAGAGAAGUUGUGAAUGGUGAACACACAGAGCUACUAUCAUCGCACAGAAUGAAGGAUACACUGAGUGAUAUGACAAGAACAGUGGAGAUUUCUGGGGAAGGAGACCCCCUGGGAAUACAUGUGGUGCCCUUCUUUUCAUCCCUGAGUGGACGGGUCCUAGGACUCUUCAUUCGAGGCAUUGAAGAAAACAGCAGGUGCAAGCAGAAGGGACUGUUCCAGGAGAACGAAUGCAUUGUGAAAAUCAACAACGUGGAACUCAUGGACAAAACGUUCGCUCAGGCCCAGGAUGUCUUCCGCCAGGCAAUGAAAUCCCCCAGCGUGGUCCUCCAUGUGCUUCUGCCUCAGAACCGUGAGCGCUAUGAGAAAUCAGUCAUUGGACCACUGAACAUCUUUGGCAACAAUGAUGGGACUUUGAGAGCAAAGGCUCUGCCUCCUGCCCGUGGGAAACCAGGAUUAAAGGUGGCAAAUAUCCCAGGCCCAAACAGUCCUGAAGUAGAUGAGCCAACUUCCCUGCAGCAAAGCAAGAGCCCCCAAGUUCCAAGACAGGAAAGAAAGCCUGCAUCUCCCUCACUCUCCCCUUUCAUGGGGUUUGGCAGCAAGAAAAAUGCAAAAAAAAUUAAGAUUGACCUAAAGAAAGGCCCUGAAGGACUUGGAUUCACUGUGGUAACCAGAGAUUCUUCUAUCCAUGGUCCCGGUCCCAUUUUUGUAAAAAACAUCUUACCAAAGGGAGCUGCAAUAAAGGAUGGCCGCCUGCAAUCAGGGGACAGAAUCUUGGAGGUAAAUGGCAGAGAUGUCACAGGAAGAACUCAGGAAGAGCUUGUGGCCAUGCUGAGGAGCACCAAGCAGGGAGAAACAGUAUUACUGGUCAUUGCCCGCCAAGAAGAGAGCUUCCUGCCCCGAGAGCUGAAAGGAGAACCUGACUGCUACACACUCUCCCUAGAGACAAGCGAGCAGCUCACCUUGGAGAUCCCCCUGAAUGAUUCCGGUUCCGCUGGCCUUGGGGUUAGCUUGAAAGGGAAUAAAUCUCGAGAAACUGGAACUGACUUGGGGAUUUUUAUCAAAUCUAUCAUCCAUGGAGGUGCUGCUUUCAAGGAUGGCCGCCUGCGAAUGAAUGACCAACUGGUUGCUGUUAAUGGGGAAACUCUUCUGGGCAAGUCCAACCAUGAAGCUAUGGAAACGCUGAGGAGAUCAAUGUCCAUGGAAGGAAACAUCCGUGGCAUGAUCCAGCUGGUGAUACUGAGGAGGCCGGAGAGACCACUGGAGGGGCUUGCAGAGUGUGGGGCGCUUUCCAGACCAUGUUUUGAGAACUGUCAAGAAGCUCUGAGCACCUCCAGGCGAAAUGAUAGUAGUGUAUUGUAUCCAUUUGGUACUUACAGUCCACAAGAUAAAAGAAAAGACCUACUGCUUCCCAAUGACGGGUGGGUCGAGAGUGAAGUACCGUCCUCCUCACCACUGCAUCCUGGUCUGGAAUGGGGCCUUGAAGAUUACAACCACAGCUCUGGGGUGGAUUCCACAGUAUAUUCUCCAGAUCAACAUGUCAAUUUCAGAUCUGUGAUACCAGCCAUGCAGCAUGAAUCAAUUAACCUCAAAACCUCUAAGAGCAUGGACCUUGUGCCAGAUGAAAGCAAAGCUCAGUCAUUGGCUGAUCGCAGAUCGGACUCUCCAAGCAAAGAUGUUGGCCCGACUUUGGGUUUGAAAAAGUCCAGUUCCUUGGAGAGCCUGCAGACUGCUGUGGCAGAAGUCAGGAAGAAUGACCUGCCCUUCCACAGGCCCAGACCACACAUGGUGCGAGGCCGGGGCUGCAACGAAAGCUUCAGAGCAGCCAUUGACAAAUCCUACGACGGGCCGGAAGAAGUAGAAGCUGAUGGUCUCUCGGAUAAGAGCUCUCAUUCUGGCCUCGGAGCUCUGAAUUGUGAGUCUGCCCCUCAGGGAAACCCCGAGCUAGACGAUGUGGAAAAUAAAGCCAGGAAAGUCAAAAAACCCAAAGAGAAGGAGAAGAAAAAGGGCAAGCUGAAAGUCAAGGAGAAAAAGCAGAAAGAGGAGAGCGAGGACCCAGAGAGGAAAAUGAAGAGGAAGGGCUUCGGGGCCAUGCUGAGAUUCGGAAAGAAGAAAGAUGAUAAGGUGGGAAAGGUGGAGCAGAAAGGUACCCAGAAGCCUGGGCACCAGGGAGAAGAAGAGCUGGAAAAAAUGAAAGAAGAGAGGGAAAGGAUCGGAGCGAAACAUCAGGAGCUAAGGGAAAGGCAGGCAAGAGGUCUUGUUGAUUAUGCCACUGGAGCAAUUGGAUCAGUGCAUGAUAUGGACGAUGAUGAAAUGGACCCCAAUUAUGCCAGAGUGAACCACUUUCGGGAGCAAGGCACAUCAGCAAAUGUCUUUAGAUCUCCAUCUCCCCCUCGAGCUGGAUCACUUGCUUACCCUCGGGAUGGACGUCCACUAUCUCCAGACAGAGACCACUUAGAGGGUCUUUAUGCCAAGGUCAACAAGCCAUAUCAUCCUCCAGCCCUAGCUGACAGUGGCCGUCCCAUGGCUGGAAACAAUGACCGCAUCCAGAAGCUUCGGAAGGAGUACUAUCAGGCUCGAAGAGAAGGGUUCCCUUUGUAUGAAGAGGAAGAGGGACGAACACGGCCAUCUGACCAUGACCUUCGCUGGGUGUCUGGAAAGGGUCCAGAUGGAAGCGCACACAACCUCCGCUUUGAAGGGAUGGAGAGGCAGUAUGCAUCCUUACCCAGGAGAGGCUCAGCAGAUCCCGUGGACUACCUGACCGCAGCACCCCUGGGGCGCUACAGUGAGAGAGAGCUUCCGUACUACCCAGGGCCUCAUCCUGCACAUUCCCCGAGAGGGGGCUAUCCCCACGCCUCCGAUCUGAGGGUGGCAGAUUUCCGAUAUCCGCAGUACUAUCCGCGCCCACCAGCCCAGCAGCACAAAGGACCCUUCAGACAAGAUGUUCCACCUUCCCCACCUCAGCACCAGCGAGUUACAACCUAUCAGGAGGUGGGCAGAGCAAGGCCCCGAGGGGAGAGCCCUGAGCGGAACCCCUAUCGUAACCAGGAUCCCAGGCAGAAGAACCCCAUGACCGCAGCCGUAUAGUUGCACACCACAGAGAUCUUCCAAGCAAGGAAGACAUCCAACACCACCUUUGCCCUUGCUAGACCCUAAGGCCUAACCCAGGUUUAGGUACUCCAUGGUACAGAGAGGCUCUUGCUCCCUGAGGAUUCGAUACUUGACUGCCAAUCAGAAGAGAGAAAAAAAGGGACCGGGGUUUGGGGAUGUGGAUUCAAAAGGAAGAAAGAGUGUGGGGUCAUAAAACCAGUACUUGCUGAUACUUGAAAGGCUUGAAGAAUUGGUAGAUUCGAGGAGAGUGUCAAUUGAUUAACAGCCGAUGGAGCUACGCUAUAGUAAACCCUGGCUAGAAAACCAGUGCCGGUUACAAGCCCCAACCUCAUCACCGCACAUAGUACAGGUAGCGACACAGAGGUGGUUGUCUCGGCCAGACCUAGUCACGAGCAUUCAGAGACUUACUCUCAGCCCUGUCCUUGGAGCUGUGAGGCCUACACAGUAGUAGAGAGGCUGCAAAUACAGGCAUCUUCAUGAGCAUGGUGUUUUCACUGAGAACAACAUAACAAUAAACGUGACCAGUGACCUCUGUGAGACUUUGGGCCCAAAGGAAGGCUGCAUUUCCUUAUUUAUAGCUGACCUUGGGUUCCUGGUACGACUUGUUUGAUACAAAGCUUUCACAUAUCCUUGCUUUUGAUAGAAAAGCCAGUAGAAUCGGAAUGCAGUAUUAGCGUCCUGGGAAGAUGCGCACACCUGUCUGAGCUCAUUCCAACCACGAACCACAGUGAGCAGGUGAAGAGGGGUGACGGUCCCUCGGCCCUUGCUGUCCUCUCUCCCAGGCCUUGGCAUGCUUGCUUGGAGAUCGCUCCUUCCAGAGUCCUCCCCAAAUGCCUAUAAUUAUGUUAACUGAGACCUCUACUUUUAGACUUCUAUGUAAGGGCUAAAGAAUACAUGUGAGUGGUGGGGGUAAAGAAAGGAGAGCCUGCUGGUCAGGCCACACAGAGAGCUAUGUCCAGGGGAUGUCAAUUUCAGAUUCAAUGCCAAACAGUGUACCCAUCUGUCCCUGGGUCAGUGAGGAAACUGGUCACCAGAAAGAAGUAGAUAAAAGUGUGUGUGUGUGUGUGUGUGUGUGUGUGUGUGUGUGUGUGUGUGUGUGUGUUCAAACACAUGUGAUUAUCACUAUGGAGAGUAGAAGGGGAAAUUGCCUUCUGGAAGUUUGAUGAGGAAGAAAUCAGAGGAAGUAAAGAGAGAAGACUCGUAAGAUUAAAUCAGUCUGCAUCUGCUAUAUCUCAUUAACAAAUGUCAGGGCAAAGCCAAGGUCUCCACCUGAUUUAAAAGACAAAAGAAAGAAAGUAUUCUGGCUUAAGAAGCUGAAAAGCCACUCUUGCUUCCUUCGGGCUUUUCUACACAGCAGAGCAUCUGAAGCUUCCAAUCUGAUCCAAAUGGGAACACACGCAAAAGACUGAGAAACGGCAGACAUGGCCAGCACUGUGAAUUUCUCAGCGACUGCUUACUACUUUAAGUCACUCACCUUCCCUCUCGUUCCCUUCCCCAAAAGGUCUUUAGUUCACUAUAGACAUAUUUUGGCUGAGAGUAGAAUACCACUGACCAACAGAACUGACUGAAUUAUAGUGUUCUAAAUUACAUAGAGUAGC